AACAACAAAAACAACAAGCGAACUUGUAUGAAGUGUGUGACUGACUGAAAACGAUCAUAUUUCGUCGUUCACAUGUGCGCGAUAAUUCUGCCAGGCGGCGCGACGCGACGCUGAGCUUAAGCCAAUAUUUCAGAGGGAAUACAAUUUGAUGACACUAAUCGUGCAAUCCAGUUGGAAAGAAGUUCUGUUGGCGAGAAGACGCCUCAAACAGCUAGUGGCGGUAUUUUAUUUGAAAAAAAAAGCGAACUUAAAAAUUUUUAACAGCGUGUGAGCAAAAAAAAAACAGUGAAAUGGCGAGAGUGUUGUUUAUAUUGUGUGGUGCUUUGCUUUUGAAUUUCGCCUUGACGCAAGAUUUCGAACCAGCUCCCUUGGAGCCGGAUGUGGACCUAGAUUGGGAGUCGGAGCCGGAGCCGGAGCCGGAACUGGAGCUGGAACCGGAGCCGAAGCCAGAGAUAAAAGAAACAACUACGUUGAAAGCGGACACUGAGCCACCCACAACAACAAGUACGAGUGAAUCCAUUACAGAUCCACCAACAACUACAACAAUAACAACAACAAAAGAAACCCCCACAUUCACAACGCCUCCCAUAACAACUGAGAGCCUUCCCGCCACAACCGUUGUUAUAACAGAGGAGACCAUAACGCCCACAACAACAGCAGCAACCACGCCAAAAGAAGAACCAAUAACAACGCCUGCAACGAAUAUCGACCACACAACAACAACCACCACCACAACAACAACUGCUAAACCUUUUAUAUUUAUUCCAACAACUCCUAAACCUUUCACAUUUAUUCCAACAACAACCACCACCGUAACACCAGUAAUCACAACCAGACAAACAGGCUAUCCUCCGUAUCGUCCAGUCAAACCAUGGAAUCCUUACACACCACCCACUCAACCACCAAAGCCCAGCUAUCCACAAAGUCGCUGCUAUUACCGCUCGCAACGCAGUUCACCGCAUCUGCAAUGGAAAUGUGGCUAUUGGCAAUAUGUAACGCAUGAGCAUUGCUAUCGUUGUUGCCUCUACACCGAUGUCAGCUACGCCGGUUGCAACGAAGUCAAUCGCUAUUACUGCACACAAACGCAACAACAAAAGUUCAAAAAUACGAAUGCAUACAGCAAUUAUUGGCUGUACUACUAAAGGACAGAUGCAUGGACCCGUUCAUAUAAUAUAUACACACAUACAUAUAUAUAGAAAUGUACGCUCUGCAAUUGUAGUGGUGACUGUACAUUGUACAGUGAAAAUUGAAGCAAAAUAGUAAGCACGUGGAACAUAUUUAAGUAGCGGGCAUAUGGCUUUUGUGUAUAUUUCUGUAAAUUAUUUUAUAAAAAUUUUUUUCUACUUUAUAUGCAACGUUGUGUAAUUUUUUCCAUUAGUUAAUAUUAUGUAUGCCUGUAUUUGUUCGUCAGUUUGUAAAUAAAAAUUGUAAACGAUUUAUAGCUGAAAAUAAAACUUUAAUAAAUAUUGAAUGUCAA